AUGCAUCAGGAUCAUCAGUCCAACCCCUGUGGAGCUGAGACCCCCAGGAACCCCUCGCUGGACGCCCAGAGCAGCGCCGACCUGCCCGCCCUGGACGGUUUCCCCCUGAAGCACUCGAACACUCUGACCAACAGGCAACGAGGCAACGAGGUCUCAGCCCUGCCAGCCACGCUGGACACACUGUCCAUCCACCAACUUGCUGCCCAAGGGGAGCUCAUCCAGCUGAAGGAGCACCUUCGGAAAGGUGAGAACCUGGUGAACAAACCCGACGAGAGAGGCUUCACCCCCCUCAUCUGGGCCGCCGCCUUCGGGGAGAUCGAGACGGUCCGGCACCUGCUGGAGUGGGGGGCUGAUCCCCACGCCCUGGCCAAGGAGAGGGAGAGUGCCCUGUCCCUGGCCAGCAUGGGGGGAUACACGGACAUUGUCACCCUGCUGCUGGAGAGGAACGUGGACAUCAACAUCUACGACUGGAACGGUGGCACCCCCCUGCUCUACGCCGUGCGCGGGAACCACGUCAAGUGUGUGGAGGCCCUGCUGGCUCACGGCGCUGACCUGACGGAGGAGGCGGAUUCCGGCUACACCCCCAUGGAUCUGGCCGUGGCCCUGGGCCACAAGAAAGUCCAACAGGUCAUCGAGAACCACAUCCUGAAGCUGUUCCAGAACAAGGGGCUGGAGUGACACGGGGCUGGAGUGACACGGGGCUGCAGCCCCAGCUCUGCUCUGGGACCAGGAAACGGGCCAUGGCACGAUGCUGCAGGCAAAGGGCACACAGAGGAACCCAGGAAUCCCUGCCCUCCAUGGAUCCACAGCUCUCCCAGGGGUGGCACAGCCCCGGUGCUCACACCCAGGGACAUUCAUUCCUCGGGGCAGCUGCGUUUCUGCCCCAUCCCAGGCUCAGCUGCUCUGUGUAUUCCAGGAUCACAUUUUUGGAAUUAAACCCUAAAG